UCUCCAUUGAUUCUUUUUCUUCUUCUUCUUCAAAUACAAAUCUCAUCAUCCUUCCAGGACGAUUCUUCAUCAACGAUCAAUCGUAGCGGGAUUGCAUCUCUUUUUUCAGAUAUAACCCAAAGUGAUUGAUUUUAACCAAUCUAAACUGGACUGGUCGAUCUCGGAGUACCCGGAGGAGGAGGAGAGAAUAUCUGGCAGAGACUGAGAGAACGCAGCAGCCGGCAGGAAGGAGAACAAUGAAGCUCUUCGGUUCUAUUUCUCUUCUUAUCUUAUCUCUGAGCAUCGCUGUUUUCAGUAUACAAACCGCCAGAGCUGAAGUUAUAACCCUGACAGCUGACACCUUCAACGACAAGGUGAAAGAGAAAGAUACUGCGUGGUUUGUUAAAUUUUGUGUUCCUUGGUGUAAGCAUUGUAAGAAUUUGGGUUCAUUGUGGGAAGACGUUGGGAAAGCAGUGGAAGGAGAGGAUGAGAUAGAGAUUGGAGAAGUUGAUUGUGGUACUGAUAAAGCAGUGUGCACGAAAGUAGAUAUACAUUCUUACCCGACAUUCAAGAUUUUUUAUAAUGGAGAGGAAGUUGUAAAAUACCAAGGACCAAAGGAUGUAGAAUCCCUGAAGGCGUUUGUUAUUGAAGAGACAGAGAAGGCAGCGGCUAAAGCAGAACUCGGGGAUGAAAAGGAACUAUAGGUGCAUUUUGAGUAGGGAUAAUGAAAAACUCCUCGUUGAUAAUUUUUUUCUUUCCGUAUUAAUUAUGUACUCAAAACAGGGCUAAAGACUUUAUUUUUAUUUUUAUUUUUUUUGGGUUAAAUUGAUCUUGAGGUUCCAACAAGUUUGGUGGACUAAAAUAAUAUAUCUUGAAUGUUUUACA